GACACUUAAUCAUUCCAGUUUGGCAACUUCACCUGUAGGGUUGUUUUAAUCAACUGGCCAGCAGUCCCCAAAUCACUCCUGGAAUGCAGCGGUGGAGGCAGCGGGGUGCUGAGGGGAGAGGGAUGCCUGACACGCGGGACCAACGCCUGCCCUGCACUUAGGCCUCUUCCGGCCAGUGCUGCCCAGGGCGGCUCUGACCCGCGGACCAGCCAGGGCCCGAUCCAAGGAGGUCCUCCUCCCGACAGGCUGCCAACCUUAGCUCCGGCCUGUAGAGAAAUAUGGAAGAUCGCAGAACCGGCAUGGAUCCUGGCAGCGAUCAACCCCUGAACAGCUUCGAUGUCACCCCUCUGCGCAAACCCCGCACUCCCCUGGAGACCUUCAAAAAGGUGGGAGUCCCCAUCAUCGCAGCACUGCUGAGCCUGGCGACCAUCAUCAUCACGGCUGUCCUCAUCAAGGUGAUUCUGGACAAAUACUACUUCCUGUGCGGGCAGCCUCUCCACUUCAUCCCGAGGAAGCAGGUGUGUGACGGCCAGCAGGACUGUGCCUCAGGGGAGGAUGAGCAGCUCUGUGUCACGAACUUCCCCGAUGGGUCCCCGGUGACAGUCCGCCUCUCCAGGGACCGAUCCACUCUGCAGGUGCUAGACCCGGCCACAAGAAGCUGGGUCUCUGCCUGUUUCGACAACUUCACAGAAGCUCUGGCCAAGAUAGCCUGUGGGCAGAUGGGCUAUGACAGCAAACCCUCCUUCAAAGCUGUGGGGAUUGGCCCAGACCAAGAUCUGGAUGUUGUUGGAAUCACAGAGAACAGCCAGGAGCUUCAGGUGCGAAACCUAAGUGGGCCCUGUCUCUCAGGCUCUCUGGUCUCCUUGCACUGUCUUGCCUGCGGGGAGAGCCUGAAGUCCCCUCGGGUGGUGGGCGGGGAGGCGGCCUCUGUGGAUUCUUGGCCUUGGCAGGUCAGCCUCCAGUACAACAAACAACACAUCUGUGGAGGGAGCAUCCUGGACCCCCACUGGAUCCUCACCGCAGCCCACUGCUUCAGGAAGCAUCUCGAUGUACCCAACUGGAAGGUGAGGGCUGGCUCGGACAAACUGGGCAACUUCCCAUCCCUGCCUGUGGCCGACAUCUUCGUCAUUGAGCUCAACACCACGUACCCCAAAGAGAAGGACAUUGCCCUCGUGAAGCUGCAAUUCCCGCUCACGUUCUCCGGCACAGUCAGGCCCAUCUGCCUGCCCUUCUUUGAUGAGGAGCUCCCUCCAGCCACCCCACUCUGGGUCAUUGGAUGGGGCUUUACGGAGCAGGAUGGAGGAAAGAUGUCUGACACGUUGCUGCAGGCAUCAGUGCAGGUAAUUGACCACGCUCGGUGCAACGCAGAGGACGCCUACCAGGGGGAGGUGACCGAGAAGAUGCUGUGCGCGGGUAUCCUGGAGGGCGGCGUGGACACCUGCCAGGGUGACAGCGGUGGGCCCCUGAUGUAUCACUCUGACCUGUGGCAAGUGGUGGGCAUCGUGAGCUGGGGCCAUGGCUGUGGGGGUCCAAGUACCCCGGGAGUAUACACCAAGGUCACAAGCUAUCUCGACUGGAUCUACAGUGUCCGGAAGUCUACACUAUGAUGCUUCCGCCCCUCCGUACUGCUGGGAGCUCCUUCCCCCCUGUCCUGCCUCCCUGGGGAUCCCCCAGAAGUCAGAUGGAGCAAGAGCCCCCUCGGGCGCACCUCUCUGCCCACAGCCUCAGCAUUUCUUGGUGCAGCAAAGGGCCUCCAUUCCUGUCAAAGACCUCACAGGCCACAGGCCCCCAGAAGAAAGUCAGCAGCCCCAGCCCGGCCACCCCUGGGGCUCCAGGCAUCCCAAGGAGAAAGACUGAACAGGCCAGCCUUCCCACCAAGGUCUCAGAAGGCAUUGCUAAGCCAAGAAAUUUUCCUCCUCUACUGAACGGAAGUAGGCUCGCUGGUGAGAACCCAGAUCACCAAGGGCUGCAGCGGAAGGAGGAGAGGUCUGAGCCAGCCCUCCCCUCCUCCACCCAUCCCCAAGCACACGCAGAGCAAGAAACCGAACGUAACACAGGAUGCACUGUCCUGCUGUUGACACAACUAAUGUUACUGUUGUCAUUGUUAGCCCCGUGGCUGCUGCUAUUCAAAAGGCCUGCGAAGCCUUUGACACAGGCUGACUGGGCUGCGUGGUAAGAACUGAGCGAGGACUACUGCACCCCUACUGCAUCAUCCUUGGGCCUGGGCAGGGAAAGGUCCUGGGGAGCCCAAUGAUUCUCGAAGAAGGAGAAAGGAGACCCAAGACUGGAGCUGCUGAGUGAGGGCAACAGUGAACUUGCGGACUGGGGAAGCCAGGGUGAGCACGGCUCCUUCCCACACAAGGCCGUCUCCCACUGCCCUCCUCCCGUUUUUUCCUGCCUGCCCUACCAGCCAUGGGCCAGAGAUAAUACCUAGGAUUUGGGAGGGAGGUAAUUUAGGCAUUCAAGGCUGAAGUCAAUCAUGGCUCCCCCAGUGGCUGCAAGAGGUACUGCACCUCUGAGUCCUGCCUGGAGAGCCCAGGGCGUGGUUGCUUGCUUCCUUUACAGAAAAGACAUUUAUCACCUGCAAAGUCUGAGAUGGUGCCCAAGUGGGUUUCUGGGGACAUAAACAUGACCAUAAGCACUCAAAUGGUCACAGAAAUGAGCCCCAUGGACUUCUCGGGCCACUGUGUGGAGGCCCAGGCGUUCUGAGGACCCUCUCGGUCAGAUCGUAGAGAAAUACACUUGCUGAUGCUUUACUAGGCUCUCAGGAAUAAUAAAAAUCUUCAAAGGCAAAUAAAUACAUAAAUAAACCAAAGUAUCAGAAUCACGAGCUGAAACGAAGGUAGAGAUUGGGAGCAAGAGCCAACUAAAAUCUUGGGUUGUCCUGGAGACCAAGACCUAUAUGAAAGUUGAGACGAGAACUCAAAACCCAGAGCCAGUGCUCACAAUCAAAGAUCAGCCAAGAUUUAUCAAAAAGAAAACCCCAUGAGGGACGCCCGGGUGGCUCAAUCGGUCUGCAGCCUAGGUCAAGAUCUCACCGUUCCUCAAGGUCGAGCCCUGCGUCGGGCUCUGUGCUGACAGCUCAGAGCACCUCCCCAACUCGUGCUCUGUCUCUCUCAAAAAUACACAUUAAAAAAAAAAUUUUUUUUAACCCCGCGGUGGGAAUCAUCAAAAACAGCAAAUCACCAGAAAACCAAGCACUUUACAUGUUCGCAUUAUCAGAUUAUAAUAAAAAACCCAUAGGGUACCUGGGUGGCUCAGGCAGUGGAGCAUCCAACUUCAGCUCAGGUCACGAUCUCACGGAUAAGUUGAGUAAGAGCAUUCAGACUCCUGGGUGCUAUGAACCGUCACACUGUAGGGUUUCUAAUACAAGAGCUUAUAAAUCUUUCAUUAAAAAUGGGCACUUUUCGGGGCGCCUGGGUGGCGCAGUCGGUUAAGCGUCCGACUUCAGCCAGGUCACGAUCUCGCGGUCCGUGAGUUCGAGCCCCGCGUCAGGCUCUGGGCUGAUGGCUCGGAGCCUGGAGCCUGUUUCCGAUUCUGUGUCUCCCUCUCUCUCUGCCCCUCCCCCGUUCAUGCUCUCUCUCUGUCCCAAAAAUAAAUAAAAAACGUUGGAAAAAAAAUU